ACAAAUUAACCUACUAUUGUGUGUGAAAAAUAUUGAUGCUUAUCUUUUUAUAAUAAUUUAUACCUGAUUAUAAGCAAUUUUACUAAUUAUUUAAAAAAUACGUUUUACAAACCUUAUUCAUGUUGAAUUUAAGUGUAAUUGGAAAUGUCUAAUACCACAAAAGAAAAUAUAAUCGUAACUGGCUUUGGACCUUUCGAUAAACAUUUAGUGAACGCUAGCUGGGAAUCUGUAAAAUUAUUACCAGAUGAAAUAGAAGGAAUUAAUUUAAUCAAACAAGAAAUUCCCGUUGAAUAUCAACACGUUCAAACAAAUAUACCGAAAUUAUGGGAACAGCAUCGUCCAUUGUUAGUGGUACACGUAGGGGUGUCAUCUGGAGCAAAAAAAAUAACAGUCGAAAAAUGUGCUUAUAAAAACGGGUAUAUAAAAUGUGAUUCCGCGGGGUUGAUUCACCAAACCGGAGAAGCGUCUUUGGAUGGUGAAAAUUGCAUUCUGACUGAAAUAGAUGUCGAUAGAAUUUGUAAUAGACUUAAUGGUACAGGAAAAAUAGAGGCUUGUCUAUCCGAAGAUGCCGGAAGGUAUCUUUGCGAAUUUAUUUAUUAUACAUCGCUCAACGUUGAUUCAUCAAGAACGCUAUUCAUUCAUGUACCCCCGCUAAAUGAGCCUUAUACAGCCAAGGAACUAUCCGAGGGGUUGAUAGAAAUUAUUAAAUGUGCUUUAGAACAAAUAUUAUCAAAUAAAGAACAGUGUAUUUGUGUUUUAUAGCAAAUAAUUUGAAGAAAAAAAGGUUAUUCUAAUUGUUUUUUAUAAUAAAAAUUGGUUAAUUGUG